UAAGUUGGAGCUUCGGAGGAAAUUCCUGGAAUGGAGUAAGAAAUCCCAUCCAAUGAAGCGAGAUCACUCUUACCAGUCACCAAAUCCGGCCGCCGGCAAGGCCAAGAUAUGGCCGGAGGGGGAGGAGGACGACGACGAGCUCCUAGCAGCUCUAGGCUACAAUGUCCGGUUGUCGGACAUGGCCGACGUCGCUCUGAAACUCGAACAGCUCGAAAUGGUAAUGGGUUUGUCGGAAGAAGACGGAAUUUCUCAUCUUUCUUCCAACACCGUCCAUUACAAUCCCUCCGAUGUGUCUUCUUGGGUUCAAAGCAUGCUCGCUGAACUCAACACCGAUGACUCUGUUUUCGCCGAAGCCGAAUCCACCUCCGCCAUCGCGGCAUUCGCCGACGACUCUGAGUACGAUCUCCGAGCAAUUCCGGGCGUUGCUGUUUUCCCCCAAAUCGAUUCCAAUACACCCAGAAAGCGAUUUAAGAAAUCAGAGUCCGAAUCGGUUCUUGUUACUGCUGCUUCUUCUUCUUCAUCGUCGUCGGAGCCGUCGCGCACGGUGGUUCUGGCGGAUUCCACCGACACUGGCGUCUAUCUAGUCCAUACCCUCCUCGCCUGCGCCGAGGCCGUCGAUAUCAACAACCUCAACCUCGCCGAUACAUUACUGAAACACAUCAGAAUCCUGGUCGAGGCCCAAGGCGGCGCGAUGAGGAAAGUCGCCGGUUAUUUUGCACAAGCCCUUACUCACCACAUUUACGGAUUGCACCCACAAAAGCCCUUCGAAUAUGCAUCUUCAUACACCGAUCUUCUCCAAAUGAAUUUCUACGUGUCUUGCCCGUAUAUGAAAUUCGCCCAUUUCACGGCCAAUCAAGCGAUUCUCGAAUCUGUUGGCACCGCCACAACCGUCCACGUCGUUGAUUUUAGCCUUCAGCAAGGCCUCCAAUGGCCGGCGUUGAUUCAAGCCCUCGCGCUGCGUCCCGGAGGGCCGCCAGCGUUUUAUCUCACCGGAAUCGGCCCCCCGCCGGGGGAAAAUUCUAGCGACGGAUUACAGGAAGUGGGUUUGAAAUUGGCUCAAUUCGCGGAUACGAUCGGUGUGGAAUUCGAAUUCCGUGGGUAUUUCUGCAACGAUUUAGCCGAGCUCGAUCCGUCCAUACUCAAUUUAGAAUCAGAAACCGUCAUCGUGAACUCUGUUUUCAAGCUCCAUCGGCUACUGGCGCAUCCGGGCGCGAUCGAGAAAGUUCUAAGAUCAAUCAAAGAACUUAACCCCAAAAUCGUCACCGUCGUGGAGCAGGUCGCUGACCACAACGGACCAUCGUUCACCGGCCGAUUCACAGAAGCGUUACACUAUUACUCGAGCUUGUUCGAUUCGUUGGAAGGGUCGCUGGCAGGGGAGGAGGAUGUGGCAGGGUCGGAGGAGUAUUUGGGGAGGCAAAUCUUGAACGUGGUGGCAGGUGAAGGUUCCGACCGGGUCGAGCGGCACGAGACAUUGGCGCAGUGGCAGAGCCGGUUGGGUUCGAGUGGGUUCGAGAUGGUUCAUUUGGGUUCAAACGCGUUCAAGCAGGCGAGUACUCUGUUGGCUCUGUUCAGCGGCGGAAAUGGUUACAGAGUUGAAGAGAAUAAUGGAAGUUUGACGUUGGGUUGGCACACUCGGCCGCUUAUCGCCACCUCGGCGUGGGCUGUGGCCUCCUGUACCGGCGGCGAGUCGAGCUGAGUUGACUCGGCCGAGUUUAUUCAAAUCGGAAUCCUUUAACAAGAUGUAGAUAAAUAGAGAGAGUGGUGGGAGUGUGUAUUGUAAUUUCUUUUUUUUUAAUGGUUUUCUUAUGUCAUACAAAUUUUCUCUGCCACAUAAAUAAUGACGUAAAUUAAAAUGACCGUAAAUCAUU